AAGCGCUGGUGUAAAAUGUUCUUGUACGAUCGUUACAGCCAAGAGUCAGCGUACGAGAGCUAUGUAUCCGUGGUAUAGAGAAGCCCAGCUCAGCGUAGGACAACUCUGCAGUCCCCUGGCCGGACCGACACCGAUAAAGACCGAGAACAACUACAGCGAUUGUAUGUUGGCUGUAGAUUUUCCCAACAAGAAACCGUCGAACGCAUUCCCGUGGCUAUCGGAGGCAACGAACAACAACGACUAUAGCAAGGGCAACAACAACCAUCACGGGACUCCACCCCACCUUCACCACCCACAUCACCCGCACCAUCAUCAUCAUCACCAUCAUCCACACCAUUCCCAUCAUCCUCAUCUUCCCCAUUCGGCCGCCGGCAGUCAAUCGAAUCUUGGCACAACCAGUUCACUGACCCCCGGCAACUGUCGGCACGGAGGACAUCCGGAGGAUACCAAGUGUCGCUCGCUUAACUGUGGCCUCCCACCGCAAUCGUCUCCGUCGGCAGCCUCCACCAGCCUAGCGGGCGCAGCGAACGAGGGAGCAACUCCCGAUUCCAGCAGCACCACGGCGACCGCCACGGCUAUACCGAACUUUAACCAGAUGCCCGUGCCGGGCGGUGUGCAGGGCCAGAACCCGACCCAGGGCCUCGUGCACUGGAUGAGUGCGGUAAUGGCCGAGCAUAUGACCUCGAACCCGCAUCAUGAUCCGGCCGCCGUCGGGAUGCACUACAUGUGGAAUGGACCGGUCGAGCAAUGUGGACAACAUACGAAGGAUAUGGACACGUACGGCGGUUGGCCUACACCCAGAAACCCAAUGUCCAUGAAGCAGGGAUACGAGGCAAAAAUGAAUCCAGUCGAUCAUCAUCACCAUCAUCACCAUCACCAUCACAACAACCUCCAGAAAGGGCACAUGAUCGACGAUGGCCGGCUGCUCGAUCAUCACACCAUGCAAACGGGUGCCGCCCAGAUGAGCCAACUGUACGGUGCACGCGGCUCAUCGAGCAGCAGCUCACCGGGCGGUGGACUCGGGCAUGGUGGUGCCACGAACCCGGCCACCGCACUGCUCGUCGUACCUCAGCCCAUCAAUGCCACCAAGAUCGGUGCCACCGGACUGCCGAACGGAACUGGGCGGAAGUAUCAGUGCAAAAUGUGUCCACAGAUCUUCACCUCCAAGGCGGACCUUCAGCUCCACACCCAAAUCCAUAUGCGUGAAGCAAAGCCCUACAAAUGCUCCCAGUGCAAUAAGGCGUUCGCCAACUCGAGCUAUCUGUCCCAGCACACACGCAUCCAUCUCGGCAUCAAACCUUACCGAUGCGAGAUCUGUCAGCGCAAGUUCACCCAGCUGUCCCACCUACAGCAACACAUCCGAACGCAUACCGGGGACAAACCGUACAAGUGUCGACAUUCGGGAUGUCUCAAGGCAUUCUCGCAGCUCUCCAACCUGCAGUCUCACUCGCGCUGUCAUCAGACGGACAAACCGUUCAAGUGUAACUCCUGCUACAAAUGUUUCUCCGACGAGCCGUCGCUGUUGGAGCACAUCCCAAAGCAUAAGGAAUCGAAGCACCUGAAGACACACAUCUGCCAGUACUGUGGCAAGUCGUACACGCAGGAAACCUACCUGUCCAAGCACAUGCAGAAGCACGCCGAACGGACAGACAAACGGCCACCGAUUGGGGCGCGAAGUAGUAGUAGCACGGUGAAUCUGAGUGCAUCCACACCGGGUAGUAGUAGCUCGGGUAGUGGCAGUGCGUCAAACGGUGCUACGACAACGGUUGGACCUGCCACCAUGACCGGGGAGAGUACUUUCUGGCCGAAGGUAAGCCCAGACUCGGCAGCGGCUACCAUCAACGAUGUUAUCAACCAGCAGAACAAUCAUCACGACUUCAGCUUGACCCCGAACGGUAGUGCAACGAACGGAAGCAAUGGGAGUACGGGCAACGGGCCUAACGCAACAAACGGUCCGCAAUCGAGUGGAGGUAAUACGGUGCAUGGGUCGGGGACUGAUCUCACGGGUGCACACCAUCAGCGAGACGAUGCUGUCGAUGAGCUUGUCGGAACAGCUCGAGGGCCUCCGGACAAUUCCAACACACCCAAUGGAAACACCAACCCUGGCCCUGGUAAUCAACCACCUGCUCAGCAGCAGCAACAACAACAACCCCCACCACAGCAACACAACGGAACGGCACCAACCAUGAACGGUAACCUCGCGAUCCCACCAGUCUCGACGCCCAUGUCCGUUAGCUACGACUCGAACAGCAUAGCGAAGGCGACCAGCAACUCCGCCUUCACGCCGAUCAAUGCAAUGCCACCGCAUCUCAACAGCCUGCAGCAUCAUCAUCAGCUCGCAACGCAGCGGCCCUCCUAUCUGUACGAUGCCAUCAGCUUCCAGAACCAAAAGGCGGCCAUGGCCCAGAGUCCCUCGAACGCAUUUCCCAACCAGUUGAUCUCGCUGCACCAGAUACGCAACUACGCACAUCAACCGGCCGGUGGACUAAUGGCCGGUGAGCAUCUGCUCGGUGUUACGGUCGGUCCGGGCGGCAAGGAUAAGGGUUAAUUC